CAUCAGGAAAGUUUUAGUAAAGAUUUGAAAGAUGUUGAUAUAAAUUCUUCUAAAGAAUUUAAUAAUUCUAAAUAUGUUAAUAUAGAUACUUCUGAAGAUUCUUAUGAAAAGUCAAAUAAUCUAGAAGAUGUUAAUAUGGAUUUUUUAGAAGAAUCAAAUUAUAGUCAAGAGAAUAAUGAUAUUAAUUUUUCUGAAGAAUUUAUUAGCGAUGACUCAUAUUUAGAACAUUUUACAACAAUAUCUUCAGAGUCUUCAAAUAAUUUAGCAAAUACUACCAAUGCUUAUGAUGAUCUUAUUAAUAUAAUACAUCAUCCUCACUUUAAUAUUCAUCAUGUGGUAAAGAAUAUCCGACGCUUUAAAGAUUGGAGACAUAAUCUUCCUCUUAUGCCAAUAUAUUCAAGGACUGUUAAUAUUUCAGCUAAGAAAACUUCUUCAAAUUCUAAAAAUAUUAAAGAUACUUAUUACUUAUCUAUUAAAGAUAUUAUUUGGCAUGUGCUAAAUAAUCCUUCUUUAAUGAAGUAUAUGUAUUUUGGACCUGGCUGUGAGGUUACCAACAAGACAGAAUAUUGGCAUGGUAGUUUGUGGGCUGAAUCAUCACUAUAUGGCCAAGAUUCAAUUAAAAUUAACAAACAUAAUAUUGAAAAAUUGGGAAGAAUUCGAGCUAUUAUUAUGUCAGAUAAUACUUUAAAAUUAAAAGUUCAAAAGAUAAUUGAAUAUCAUGAACUUCCAAAAAAAUUUUAUAAUGAUGAUAGACAACAUCGUUCCCAACUUGGUGAACAAAGAAUUAAUGCUAAUCGUAUUGAUUUAGUUCCAAAAUCAUUAAUAAAAUGUUGGGUCUUAGUUUCAAAAUCAAUGCAAUUUGUAUUCAAGCAUUCAUAUUCAGAAGAUGAUUAUAUGAAUCUUCAGCAAAUAUUAGAAACUGAAGUUCGAAUAUUAACUCAGGUUUUUGAAGAAUUUGUGAAUCUUCCUAAUCUUAAUAUUAAUGCUCAUUUAGCAUUACACGCACAAACAUAUGGAAACCUUAUCAAUAUAGCAGUUGGUAUAAAAGAAAUGGUUCAUCGAAUUUUUAAAAGUAUAGUACCACGAACAAAUUGCAAGAAUAUUGAAUUAGACUUGUUAAAAUGUUAUACGACCUUAUUUGCUAUAAGGCAUCUAAUAGAUGGUGGAAUUGAUUCGAGGUCUUCAAGUUCAAUUUUUCAAGAAAAUGAGCUUAAUGAUGAUGAAGUAUUUUCACAAACUGAAUAUAUGUCCAAAAUUAAGUUACGAAAGAAAAUUUCAUUAGUAAACCAAAAAGAAAUGGUACUAUCUCAAAUAAACAGUUCUGAAUUUAAGUCAGAACUAAUGCUUUCUUAUCAAGAUUUUGGACAAAAUGCUGCUCUUAUUAAUAAGUCAAUAAGUUUCUAUCAAAAUAUAACAUAUUUGAUUGAAAAUGAAUAUGGAAUAAUUGAAAAAUGUUCACUAAGCCUUGGAGAUAUUGUUACUAUUGAGGAAGAAGAGGAGGAAGAAAGCUUUGCUAUGAUUAAAGCAAUUUUUCGGCAUAAGAGCAAUGAUGGGCAUUUCUAUGCAUUUAUUAUGAUUGAUUGGUUUGAAAAUACUGGUCAAAUAAAUAAUCUGCUAGAAUGUCCUAUUUAUAAAAUUCAAUCAACUAAUAAUAAAAAGUGGCGACGUGUCUUUCCAUUAUCAGUAGUUGAUAAUACAAAAAAAGUUCAUUUCGUUCACAACUGUUUAUUAGAGGG